AUGACGGCUUCAGAAUUCAGAAAACUUACGUUGACCGACUUCAGUGCCAUCCAGUGGAGGCUGGAGCUGCUUACACCAACACCCCCCUCCCCACCCCCGACCUCCGCCUAUGCCCUGCAGGCUCGGGUUAUGUAUGAUUUUGCUGCUGAACCUGGAAAUAACGAACUGACGGUUAAUGAAGGAGAAAUCAUCACAAUUACAAAUCCGGAUGUUGGUGGAGGAUGGCUAGAAGGAAGAAACAGCAAAGGAGAACGAGGGCUUGUUCCCACAGACUAUGUCGAAAUUUUGCCCAAUGAUGGAAAAGACCCAUUUUCUUGUGGAAAUUCAGUGGCUGACCAAGCCUUCCUCGAUUCUCUCUCAGCGAGUGCCACUCAGGCCAAUUCAUCAGCUGCCAACAGUAAUAACCAGGUGGAUAUUUUGGCUCAGAUUGGUUGUAUUGAAAGUCUCAGCCAGUCACCACCUUCUUCAUCUUCUCCUUCUCCUACCAUAAAUAAGGUCAGCAGUGGCAAUGACCCCUGGUCAGCCUGGAGUUCUUCCAAAUCUGGAAACUGGGACAGCACGGAUGGCUGGGGAGCCAAGCCAGAGGGGGCCGCGGCCCAAAGAAACACCUCCAAUAACUGGGACACUGCCUUUGGUCACCCCCAGGCCUACCAAGGACCAGCAACCGCGGGUGAUGACGAUGACUGGGACGAAGACUGGGACGACCCCAAGGCGGCCGCCCCCUACUUCAAGGAUUCAGAGUCAGCAGAGGCAGGGGCUGCUCAGCGAGGCAACAGCCGGGCUGGUUCCUCCUCUAUGAAGCUGCCACUUAACAAAUUUCCCGGAUUUGCAAAACCUGGUAUGGAACAGUAUUUGUUGGCCAAGCAACUAGCAAAACCCAAAGAGAAAAUUCCUAUCAUUGUUGGAGAUUAUGGCCCAAUGUGGGUUUAUCCUACCUCUACGUUUGACUGUGUGGUAGCAGAUCCCAGGAAAGGCUCCAAAAUGUAUGGUCUGAAGAGCUACAUUGAAUAUCAGCUAACACCUACUAACACUAAUCGAUCUGUAAACCACAGGUAUAAGCACUUUGACUGGUUAUAUGAGCGUCUCCUGGUUAAGUUUGGGUCAGCCAUUCCAAUCCCCUCUCUUCCGGAUAAACAAGUCACAGGUCGCUUUGAAGAAGAAUUUAUCAAGAUGCGCAUGGAGAGACUUCAGGCAUGGGUGACCAGGAUGUGUCGUCACCCAGUCAUCUCAGAAAGUGAGGUUUUCCAGCAGUUUCUAAAUUUCCGAGAUGAAAAGGAAUGGAAAACUGGGAAGAGGAAGGCUGAGAAAGACGAGCUGGUAGGAGUUAUGAUCUUUUCCACCAUGGAACCAGAGGCCCCUGACUUGGACUUACUAGAAAUAGAACAGAAGUGUGAUGCUGUCGGUAAAUUCACCAAAGCCAUGGAUGAUGGUGUGAAGGAGCUACUGACCGUGGGCCAGGAGCACUGGAAACGGUGCACAGGACCAUUACCCAAGGAGUAUCAGAAGAUAGGAAAGGCUCUGCAGAGCUUAGCAACAGUGUUUAGUUCCAGCGGUUAUCAAGGCGAAACGGAUCUCAAUGCUGCGAUAACAGAAGCAGGAAAGACUUACGAAGAAAUUGCCGGUCUUGUGGCAGAACAGCCAAAGAAGGAUCUCCAUUUCCUCAUGGAAUGCAAUCAUGAAUAUAAAGGUUUCCUUGGCUGCUUCCCUGAUAUUAUUGGCGCCCAUAAGGCAGCGAUAGAAAAAGUGAAAGAAAGUGACAAACUGGUGGCAACUAGUAAGAUCACCCCACAGGACAAACAGAACAUGGUGAAGCGAGUUGGUACCAUGUCUUACGCGUUGCAAGCUGAGAUGAAUCACUUCCAUAGCAACCGGAUCUAUGACUACAACAGCGUCAUCCGCCUGUACCUGGAACAGCAAGUGCAGUUCUACGAAACAAUUGCAGAGAAGCUGAGGCAGGCCCUCGGCCGCUUCCCAGUGAUGUAGGACAGAACGGCACACGAAGCGAACUCCCAAGCG